AUGCCAGUCAUGGGAGCUCCCUCACUUCUGUUUCUGCUCCUCCUGAGCCCGAGCCUGGGGGAAGACACAGGUGAGAACCUAAAUGUUCCACACAGCUGAUACCGUGCUAAUCUGUUGGAAAACUCAUCUUCACGUAUAAUGAAUCUGGGGUUUGCAGGUUUCUCCACCUGUUGUGUGAAAUGAGUUAUUUGAGUUUAUUGUCAAAGAAAGGAAAAUGGUUCUCAUCACACAUACAGUACUUACUAAUAACUAGAUCAUGUGAUACCCCUUCCUGGGAUGCUUUAGCACUAGUCACCUUACUCAUACCUCUUCCUGUAAUGACAGCCAUAAGCUUUGCCACAGUGAUUACAAUCAUAGCAUAGCGUAUUAAUGCUAACACUGUGCCCUCCUAUCCACUCCUAUGCACCUCCACAGUGGCGGAGGACAUGGGUGUUCACCAGCUAGGUCGUCUGGUGGAGCUGCUGACCUCCAGGGAGUGUGAGGACCUCCUCUCUGCCCUGUCCCACCCAGAGGAGAACAUCUUCCAGCAGCUGGACCAUCUCUCACUGGAGAACAACCAACUGGACCUCCAGAAGAGAGUCAAGAGAGACACUGGUACUGCAACGCUGACAGUACAUCACGACCAAUAGCUCAUUCAUUACACUGUGCAAACUCAGCUGGGUCUGCACCAUACAUUUACUGUACUUCUACACAUAUGUUGAUGUAUAGAGAGCAAUGCAACAAUCAAUCAAAAGGGCCUAGCUAGCUGUCCUAGCUAUCUGAAUAUACAAAAUGCUCUGCUUUAACUAAACACUAUAUAAUGGAUAUAUUAUAGUGAGGCAUUCAAUGUGAUUGUUUAUUAUCCCAGUCUGUGAGGACUCAGAGGAGAGUGAGCGGUCUGUUCCCACAUGUCAUGUUCUGUUUGCCUCUCCCUAGUUAGCUGCAGCAGCGUGGCUGGGCCUGCUGUCUGAGGGCCAUAUGCUGUAUGUUUAUCAGACAGGAACAGCGAGGCUCAGUGCCGGACAGCUCUGACAGACUGGCUGCUGAAGCAUGGAGAACAGACAUACUACGACAGGCUGUCUCGCGCCCUGCAACACAUCGGAAGGACAGACAUUGCCAUAGGUCAGACAGAGAGAUACAGUGCAUACAUACACACACACUCACACACACACAUACUCCCGCAAACACGCACGCUCGCACACACACAGCACUGGUGACGUCUCAUUGAACGUAGUCAUCAAAAAUAUGGGAUUCAGCUGCCAGGGAACAACACGAUAAGUUAACUUGAACACAUUUUAUUUUGACAUUAUUUCAGUGCACAAGGCUACUACACAAGGCUUCAAUAGCAUUGUCUACAUAAUUACCUCAUUACAACAAGAUCCAUUUUAAUUGGAAUUUCAAAAAUGGCAUAUUUUGCGCAAUGCCUGUCUCUGGCAUGUGGUGGGGUCUAGUGUAGAAGAGACUCCACAGUUGAGUGGCGAUGGAUCUGAGGUGUAAAUGAUCUGACAGAGGACUCAGUGGAGCUCACACCACAUUCACUACAAACCAUCUGGUCCUUUCAUCAUCAGAGAUGGAGAAAAGGGGGGGGGGGGUAGAGAGAGUGGGGGUAGAGAGAGAGAGAGAGAUAUGGGUAGAGAGACAGAGAUAGAGAGGGGGGGUAGAGAGAGAAAGAGUGAGAGAGGGGGGCAGGAAGAGACAGACAGAGAGAAAUGACAAAAGAGUGACAACACAAGAACAUCCCUUCAGUCAAUACUGUGUAUGAAAGCUAUUUAUUUUUCGAUCAGAAUGAAUGUGUGGAAUAUGUGGAUACAAAACACCAAUUAUUCAGGACCUGAUUGCAAUUAGGAAUAAAUCCACUUUUACACAACAACUUAGUCUGUUUACUUUAUUUUUGUAAGUAAAAGUGAGAGCAGUUGCUGUACUGCUUAGUUCAAGUCCAUUAACUUAUGGAGGGUACCCAACACGUUAUCCAGUGUCUCUCGGUCUCUCUUUCCCAAUGCAUAAACUGUAGAUGGGUCGCUCCACGAAAAGAGUGUAUUUUGCAUCCCUUUGAUAUUUUAAGUAGAAAGUGGGUACCAAUAUUAAAUGUUAAAAGCCUGUGCCAAAAUUCCGCAUGACAUGUCCCUUUGUGCACCCUCCGUCUUAUAGGAAGAAUUUAACCCACUUAACCCCAAAAUGUCUCCAAGUUUUCAUUUUCUGGUGUUUUGUGGUGGAAAACUGAGAGGGUCAAGCAUAACACGUCAACCAUGUUACCCAAAGAUAGACAGGCUAGAAAUGUUUUAACAAUAGUUAAAAUAAAUGUUGUGAAGCUUGCAUUCAAUUGUCCCUCCCUGUUGCACACAACAAGCUUCCAUUCCCCCUGUCACAAGGGGAUUUAUGGCUGAUUUAAGAUGAAAUCUUCAACCAUGUUGAGGUCAACACUGGCACUUAGUAAUUUUUUUAUUUAACCUCUUGAGAUGGAAAAACGUGUUUUUAUGAAGUUCAACUCUUUAUGACAGAAUGUUCAAGUUAGGUGAAAUCAAAAGCUUUUUUUGACCAAGUUACACUUCUGAAAAGGAAGUGGUGGAACGACCCAGAUAGUCCUAUAGGUAUAGACCAUUUUGAGUAGCCAUUCACAGUACCAAUGUUCUGAUGUUCUUCCAGAGGUGGGGAAAAAUAUCAACCAGGACAAAACCCUGAGUAUGAAGAAGUAUGUGGAGGAGUACCACCAGAGAGUCAGCUCCAUAGAGUCUCCACUGGUCCAGUCAGAGACAGAGGAACAUCAUGUAGAUAGAAAGCCCCAAGCAAGACAUGGUAAAGUAUAGAGCCCCAGGCUAGAUAAUGGACACAUAAUUAAGCAAUAAGGCCUGAGGGGGUGUGGUAUAUGGCCAAUAUACCAAUUACAUUGGUAACCAGUUUCUAAUAGCAGUAAGGCACCUCGUGGGUUUGUGGUGUAUGGCCAAUAUAUCACAGCUAAGGGCUGUUCUCCGCAAUGCGGAGUGCCUGGAUACAGCCCUAAGCCGUGGUAUAUUGGCCAUAUACCACAAACCUACAAGGUGCCUUAUUGCUAUUAGAAACUGGUUACCAACGUAAUUAGAGCAGUAAAAAUAAAUGUUUUAUCAUACCCGUGUUAUGAUAAAACAUAUAUACCACGGCUGUCAGCCAAUCAGAAUUCAGUGCUCGAACCACCCAGUUUAUAAUGUAUUAUAAAGAUAAUGUGAUGGUGCACGUAAUCUCUACACUGUACUGUGAAGGAAAGCCAUUGAAAUAAAGAUUUGGUUGCACUAGCUGGGCAGUGAGCCAUCGAAUGUAUUACUAACCAUCAGCAUCAACUCGUCACUUUGAGGAACUAUUUUUCCCAGGACAACUGAAAAUUCAAAGAUGCAAUUAUCACCUGUCAAAAAGCCACGUUUUCUCAUGGGCACGGAGACCAAGUAAAAAAAAAAAGAAAACAGGUGUCUGAUUCUCCUCUGAUUUGGCUGGACUCUCCUUCUGUCCUUUUGUUGAGUGGUUGUUUGUCUCUGUCAGUAAAGGAAUCUGUUGUUGUGCUUUUGUUGAAUGUUGGCAGUAAGAGAUCUGCUGUUGUGCUGUUGUUAAUUGGUUGACAGUAAGGAAUAUACCAGUGAAGGAGCUGAUAUGGAGUGACCUGGAGCUUGUGGUGGAGAGAGAUCCUGUCCAGCCGUACCAACGACGCCUACUGGACGGGGCGUGGCCCCUGGUCUACGGAGUCAUGCUAGGCUUUGCCGGGACCUUCCUCAUGGGGGUGCCCAUCCUCCUCUUCCUCCUGUACAUCUCCCGGGGCGACCAGAAGAAGCUACUCCGCCGCUCCUACAAAACCAGGGGUCCGUCAUCAUCAUCACAUGGUCGCUACCGUCGCUCCAGACAGAAACCCAUUGCUGGGGCUGGAGAUGUGGCAUCAGCAGAAAUGGCUCCUCAAAACCCAUUACGUCACAUGGAAAGGUCAAGGGAUUCAAGCCUGGGGCUGUAUUCCCUCUCUCCAAGUCAAGACAGUGAUCCACUGGGGGUACACAUAAAGAACAAAUGAGAAUAUGUGAAAAAUACUCACACUAGAUUCCUAAAGAUAGUCUACAACAUUUUGUCCCCUCUGUGCUCUGAUGGCUUCAUUUCUCAUCUAUACACUAUGCUGCAUAUUCAAUUAACAGGCUCAAUGUUCAGGUUAAUGCUGUAGGGCCACAGUGUUUAUUAAAGCAACUCUGACUCAACAGCAAUGACAUUUCAUUAUUUCAUUACGCCAUUGACAAUAAGUAAUGUAAUCCAAGCACUGCUAUCCCCUGUAUCCAGCCAGCCCCUCGCCCUCCAACCUUCCCAAUGCAGCUGGACAAUGGGCUUUGUAAUAGACCACUCCUAAUUAUGAUACAAGACGAUAGUAAUAAUACCCUUUCUGAUAAACUAAUAAUAAUCCAUGCUGUGUUUGGUGGGGUAAUAAGCAUUACCAUUUUGCCAGUGGCUAGAUGAGAUGAGUGGUGUGACUGUGACAGAUGCGUUGGAACCGUUGGAACCCAGCCCUCACACCAAAGGUUGUUCCAGUGUUCCUAUGACAGACACGCCACUUCCCAUCUCCCUCCCGAUGACUGCACUGUGCCCGUCUCUACCUCCCGGUGGUGGUGACGGCGGUGUGCCCGUCUGGCGAUGAGGAGCAACUAAUUACCCAGCCUGCCGCCUGCUCCCUGGAGCCUGGAGCCUGUCUGCAUGCCCAUACCUCCACAGGCAGUCCCAUCCCACACUAAUAACAAUGCUGCUAGUAGACAAUGAGACACAGGCUUGGCAGUGACAACGGCAUGUCAUCCUCAGACAGAGAGACAGAGUCCAAAUGGAAAAUAAGAAACUAGCCACUAGGCCAACAGAAAGAACAAUUGUAUGUGUAGGUGUCUAAACUGUACAGUAGCUGGGACCUAGAUGUUGCAAAGCUGAGCAUGACAUGGACUAUUUCAUAGAAAUGUCUCGUAAAGUAGUGAUGACAUAAACUCAUACUCCAUGGCAGUAUGCUAUUAUCUUGAAGCAACAAUUCUAAUUCAUUACAUGCAAUGUAACAUGCUUGCACCUUUCACAUACAGAACAUUGAUGAGACAAACACUAUCAAAUAGCCCAGCAGGACCCUCGCAGCACUGAAGUACUUUAGUGCUCUCCAUCUUUCUUUACUCUCCUUUCCCUCUUAUCCCUACUUUCUAGUUCUUCUAUAAUUUAGCUAAUUACUUCAAUAUACAAAUGUGUCCUAAUGUGCUUCAGGAAGCACGCAGCUCAGAUUAAUACUGCUGCUAAGCAGCAAUUAGAGUCAAUUAGAUUAUAAAUCAACAUCUAAACAAAUUAUAGACCAAGCUACAGUGGGAGUUGCGUGUGUGUGCAGAGAGAGGCCAAGAGGGUAUGAAAGUUGAACAUAUUGCAGAAGUCAAAGGGAGAACGUUGAAGUCUGACAACAGUUAUCACAAGUAGUUUAACUGUACGUGAGGAGACUCCAUUUUAAACACGUUUUCGUAUUUUGGGAAUCGAAAUAAUAAUCAAGUUCUUUUGAUUAACUAAAAAGGAAUUGCAUUUUCCACAUAUUUCCAAACAUUUGUACACUAACUUUACUUUCAAACAAAAAGAUGGAACACUAGACCCCUAGGAGGCAAAAUUCCUGACAAAAGUAGGCUACACUUCUUCUUCUCUCUAUUCCCCUGAAGAAUGGUUAGACCCUGGUACUGUUGACUAUGACAGGCUCAGUGCCCGCUGUGGGCUCACCUGUGUUGCAGUAACCAUGGGAGAGGAGAGCUGGUGUUCUCUAUGCCUGAGUGACCCACACAUAAAAGACAACAUCCCACCUGGGGCCUGUCUCUCACAGUAAAAGACACCCAGACAGUACAGACAGUGUGUUGUUGUCACACCAGGGUACAAUAGCUCUCAGGUGGUGGCGGAGCUGUGUGAUAUGAAAACCAUGGCUGGGCCCGCUGACACAUGCCAAAUGGCCUGAGAGAUGGAGAUUUGAAGAUUGUUCAAUGCAUUUUACCAUGACAUUUCAGCAAGCUCAAAUGUUUCGAUUGCAGUUCGGUCAAUUGUACAGUAUAGAUUGGUAUUUGGACAUUUGGCUGCAUUCCCUCUCUCCAAGUUCAGGCCUUGUUCCAUGAUGAAGUAGGCCUUACCUACAUUUCUAAGUUCUCUCAUUCAAAGAAGCCAUAACAGAAGUCACAGUUGAAAAGAAAGGAAAAUCUGACAUCAAAUUGACAUUUACUGCUCAAGCACAGCAAAAUGAGCAAGACAACGCUUUUCAGGCACAUCCAUCCAUUCUUAUGUAGAUCAAAUGUAUUUAACAAUGGUUUCUUGUGGUUAUUUAACAGUCUGCAGAGCAGAGGGCUUAUCAAACAGAAUCCUCUAUUCUCUGAGGAGAGCACAUCUGUCUUCUGUCAUCGGCUCUGCUCAGCAGAAGGAGUCAGAAGUGCUUGUCUGGAAUAAAACUAAAGCUCGACGGGAUGUGUGGCAUGCGAGAGGAUGCUCAGGCUGGGGCUCAGACAGAGGAGGCUGGGGUGCCCUUGAUAUGCUGAGUGUGGAGAGCGCCGGGUGUAGCUAGGCCUCUGGGGUGUGCUUAGUGUCAUUAAAAGCUUUAUCUUCCUCUCCCUUCAUUUGCAUCUCCAGUCAUCCGCGGGCCAAUGAGGUGAUGCAGCACCCACUGGCCCAAUCCCCCUGCUCAGCCAUCAGCUGCCUGUCACUUGGCGAGUCCUCCCCCACCCCUACUACCUCCCUCCCCCUGGCUCAAUACAUAUGGAUCACAGGAAAGAAAGAUCACAUCUCUAUGCUGUUUUAA